UGCAUCCUUCUUUAACACACACCUACAUACACACAUACACAAACACACACUGGACAUCAUUUGGAAAAUCCUAUUUCUCUAAACCAACCAAUCAGUGUUGAGAAGUCAGGAGUACAGUUCUUGAUUCUUACUCAAGAACAAAGCUUCUCAGGUUGAAGUCAAAAUGAAGGUGCGCUCUCAGGCUAUUUUGUUUUACUGUUUGCUGGCUUCUUUUUUGCACUGUGUCACAAGUGCAACACUUUCCAACAGCUCGGAUGAAGAAAAUAAGGACAUGCUGCAUAUGGAGCUCCAGAGAAAGGAUCUCUGUGAGCAUAAUAGGAGUUCAGACGACUCAGUUGAGAAGAGGGAUUCACCUAUAUCACAGAAUAGUGAUCAGUCAAGUGGAAGGGUGAAACGGGGCUGUAACUUGCUCACCUGCUCAAUACAUGACCUAGCUUACCGUUUACACAAUACACUCAAAAAUAAGCCAAAUAACGCCCCUCCACGCAAGAUCAGUCCCUGUGGUUACGGCCGGCGACGGAGGCGUUCCCUCCUUCAACGCACCAUCGCUCCAGCCCACGGGGAGGGCCAACUGAAUCUCUCCACACUGCAAGCCCAGAGACGUGACUCACCUCAAAAACUGACUUAAGCAUCAAUCUGUGGUUUGUCUUGAGCCUUUUUCUUAUGUUGGCUCAGUUUGCUGAAAUACUACUGACAACUCCUUUGCAGGCACAAAAAUAAGGGGAACUACCACGCAGCUGGAACUUCUUUCUCCAUCCUUUACCAGAGAGAGAGGACUAAAGAUAAGGAUUCGGGUCAUCUGAGAAGAUUGAGUAUUUGUAUAAAGUGGGUCAGGCAGUUCUGUUUUGUAAGAAAGAGAAGCAGGAGAUCAAGUGAGAUAACAAGGGUGUGGGUUUAUGGAAGCGGUAUGAAAAAAAGUGCAUUAGUUUGGGAUAUUUCUCGAUCUAACGGCGUUCUGGGACCUGACAAGGCUCUCUGUCUCUCCCCAACGCAGGACAUGCCACUUCUUCAACCCUUUGGGGAAGCAAUGGUGAUAUCCAGGAAACUACCCGCACAUCUGUGUUUAAAGCAAAGGGAAAGUGGAAAGAGAAUCUUGAUUACCAGCUAAAAGACUUUAUAAGUCUCCAUAAGGGAAAUUAACAGGAAGAAGAGGUUUUUGUGAAUGCUGGAUGUGAGAAGCUUGGACACCAAUAUCUGCUCACCUUCUUACAUACUUGAAGCUGGAAAUAUGUAUAUAGGGUGGAUGUGCAAUAAUUGUAGCAGUAUGUAUUCCAUCAAUAAUGGCAUAAAAAACUAAAAGUAUAUUAUGAAGAAUAAUGUAUGUUAUGGAUUCAUAUUUUUUUACAUUUAAUGAUAAUAGACUUAUAAUCAGAAAGAUAACUAUUUUUAUACAUGAAUUUAUAUGGGAAUUGUAUAAUGUACAUACAUGUUUAACCAUUACUUUUAUAUUGAAUUUAUUAAAUUCAUAAGCUUAUGUCUAUGUCAAGGCAUUGUCAAUGUCAAAUAAAAAAAACAGAUGGUAUAAAAAAAACUAUUAAACAUUUGUCAGAAAAAAA